CAUUUCAGUUCUCUCUCUUGCUCUCUCUAAAACCUUUCUUUUUUGUCUCUGAAAAACCCCUCUUUGGCUUUUUCCUCUCUCUCCAUUACUUGCUUUCUAAAACCCUUCUCUGCCGCCGCCAUGGCUGGACUCAGCCGACUCGGUGUGCUUGCUCAGCCUCUCACUCGCCGGCUUCUGGGGCUCGUCUCUAGCCGAGCCUACGGAUCGUCGGCUGCGGCUCAGCUCCAGUACGACUACGAUGAUUAUUACGAAGAAGAAGACCACCAGCUACUACGCCACGAGCCGAAGCCGAUGGUGGGCACGGAUGGUUGGGUUCCAGAAAGAGGAGUUCAAUGGGUUUUGAUGGGAGAUCGUGGCGUGAAGAAACAUGUUUACGCGGAGAGGCUCUCGAAGCUUCUAGAAGUUCCGCACAUUUCUAUGGGGUCCCUAGUUCGCCAGGAGCUCAACCCUCGCUCUUCUCUCUACAAGCAGAUUGCAAAUGCGGUGAAUGAAGGAAAGCUUGUACCGGAGGAGAUAAUAUUUGGGCUUUUGACUAAGAGGCUGGAAGAAGGUUACUGCAGAGGUGAAACUGGGUUCAUACUUGAGGGAAUCCCAAGAACCAGAAUCCAAGCUGAGAUUCUUGACCAAAUUGUAGAUAUUGAUUUAGUUGUAAAUUUCAAAAGCACAGAAACACAGAUAGUCUCUCCUCAACGAGAAUUUCUUAGCGUGGCCAAAUCCUCUGCCACUGAAGGUGGUGGUCCCUGGAAAGAAAAUUUCCAUUUCUAUGCAGAGCAGAGAAAGCAAUUAGAAGAUUACUAUAAGAAACAGAAGAAACUUCUUGAUUUUGAAGUAGGAGGUGCACCUGGAGAAACAUGGCAGGGUCUGUUGGCUGCAUUGCAUCUGCAGCAUAUAAAUGCUGUUUCUUCUUCACAGAAGCUGACUGCAUGAUUUGAUUCAUCUGGGGGCCUCUCGACUUUCUUAAAUUUUGCAUUUCCGGCAUUACAGUAAAUAUGUAUGAUGUGAGAAAUGAGAGACAACUGCUGGUUGGAGUUUUCUAUAUAAAAGAUUCCAACUUAGUUUUAAAAAUUUUGGUCUUUUUAUUUUUGAGAUAUUUUAUGCAAUGCAACAUGAAGUGUGCGAGUUUGUAAUGUAGCGACGAGAGUGAAAAAUAGAGAAGGAAUUAGCCUUUGUUGGACCCUUUUGUCAUGUGGAGUAACCAUUUCUUUUAUCACUUCUAUAAUACUAUAUUGCCUCAAUAAAAGCUGUGUAUAUUAUUCUCUCU